AUGACCGUCACAGAAAUAGCCAUCCUCCCCUCCAGCACUCCCGGCGAGAUAACCGAGACGCUCCGUAACCUAUACAUAACCGGGAUCGCGUUCCAGGGAGAAUGGUGCGCCACAAACGCGCCAUGGCUGACACAAGACCGCGGGGAAGCGCUCUUCCAACAAGUCGAAGACCCCGCGGUGGCGGUAAUCACGGCGCACUGGGAUUCCAUCGAUCAACACCACGGAAUCCUCGCCACGCCCGAGAACCAGAAGCUUCUCGUGGACUUGGAACCGCAUCUGAGUGCUGCGACGGCGAGGCCGGGACAUAUUCAUGGGUUGCACAUGUUUCCCAAGUCCGAGGAUGAGGGCUUUGUAUCUGCGUUCGCUGCACCAGUUCUCGUUGUGACGGUUUGGACUGUGCGUCGGGAAAAUAAGACUCGGUUUGAGGAGGCAUUGGGGAGGGUUAAGGGUGUUUUGGAUAGGUUCGUAGUGCCAUAUCGUCAUAGGGGUGGUUGGAAGAUCGAGAAGGUCGAUGGUGAAGAUAUCGAGCAGUAUUUCAUCGCGGGUGGGUUGGAUAGCGUCGAGAAGAGCGCGGCGUUCGCCCAGGCAGAAGGUUACGAUAAGUACAGCCAGGCGCUGUCUUCGUUGGCGCUAGAUGUUGAAACCAAACACUACCAACGAAUUGAUUAA